AUGGGCGGCCCGCUGGGCGCCAUCAUCGGCCGCUACCCCUCGGCCGCCGCCGCCGGCGGCCCCGGGGGAGACGACGCCGACCACCCGGGCGGCGGCGGCGGCACGGCCAGCCUGGGCAUUAUCCGGCACGACCGGCGGUGCCGCGACCUGGCCUUCCUCGUCCUCUUCGCCGCCUUCUGGGUCGCCAUGAUCGUCAACUCCAGCUUCGCCUUCAACCAGGGCAACCCGCUCAGGCUGACAUACGAGCUGGACUACAAAGGGAACGUCUGUGGCGACAGGCACGGCGACCCGGACGUGCACGAGCUCGAGGUCAGGUACUGGUUGGACCCCAACCAGGUGUACCAAAGUGGAGUCAAGGGCAGCAAGGCUAACCUGGCCGACGCCAAGGCCAUCUGCCUCAUGGAGUGCCCCACUCCGGCACCGGAUGGGCUAAACUUUGUCUGUGAUUACCCGGAAGGGGAUGUCAGGCUCUCGGUUGAUGAUUGGAUCAAUAGGGACUAUAACUACUUCGACGUUCUAACACCUGAUAUGAGGAACAGCUCCCUUCAGCUUCAGGGUCCGUGCUACCCUGUCAUAUUCCCUAGCGUAAACGUCUAUUGGAGCUGCCAAUAUAUUGCCCGGGCAUCCAAUGUUUCUUUGACGCACUGGCAACAGAUGGGUGGUGUAAACAUUGAACAAAAUAUGCUUAUAGAUAAAACAAUCCACAAGGCCAUCGACUCCAGAUCUGCAGUCCUCAAGAGAUAUGUUGCGGACAUUGGGAAGUCUUGGCCUGUGCUAAUCGUGUGUGGUGCACUCCUUCCUCUUUUCUUGUCAGUGAUCUGGUUGCUCAUGAUCCGUUAUUUUGUUGCUGCAAUGACAUGGAUAACAGUAGUGCUCUUCAAUGCCCUUAUAGUAUCUGUUACGAUGUUUUGUUACAUCAAAGCUGGCUGGCUCGGAAAUGACCCCUUAACGGUUGUUAUUGGUGAAAGUGAUCCAUAUGUUCACAUUAGUGGGCGGGAAAUAAGCCACCUUCAUGUUGCCACAGUGCUGAUGACAGUAAUAAUGAUCAUUGCUUUUCUGUCCUCAAUAGCUAUUGUCCGGCGUAUACUGAUAGCCACACCUGUCCUGAAGGUUGCUGCAAAGGUCAUUGGUGAAGUUCAGGCACUGAUAGUUUUCCCAAUUGUGCCGUACUUUAUCCUCGCUAUCUUUUAUAUGUUCUGGUUUUCUGCCACACUCCACCUCUUCAGCUCUGGUCAAGUUGUCCGCAAUGACUGCAGCACAGAUUGUUGCUCCUAUGAUCUGAAGUUGGGCAAAGUGAACUGUGACAACUGUUGUGGGUACAGCAUCCACUACACCCCUCAUAUCGGCAUUGCCAUUCUUUUCCACUUGUUUGGAUGCUACUGGGCUACACAAUUCUUCAUGGCAUGCUCUGCAACUGUGGUUGCUGGAUCAGUUGCUUCCUACUACUGGGCCCGUGGCGAAAUAUCUCAUGAUAUACCGUUUUUCAGCGUCGUCUCCUCGCUCAAGCGGCUGAUGCGUUACAACCUUGGAUCUGCUGCCAUAGGAUCGCUUGUUGUGUCUGCUGUUGAGUGGGUGCGGUUUAUACUAGAAUGCCUUCGCCGCAAGCUGAAGCUGGUCGGUUCUGCUGGGGAGAGCUGCUUUGGGAAAGUGUCAUCGUCCUCGUCUCAGUGCUGCCGGGGCUGCAUCGACUGGACCCUCAUGUCUGUAAAUCGAAAUGCCUACAUAAUGAUUGCCAUCACGGGGAAAGGGUUCUUCAAAGCUUCGGUGCUCGCGACCGGCCUCAUAAUGAACAACAUACUGCGCAUCGGGAAGGUGAACGUGAUCGGGGACGUGAUCCUGUUCCUGGGGAAGCUGUGCGUGAGCCUCUUCUGCGCGCUCUUCGCGUUCCUCAUGCUGGACACCCACAAGUACAAGUCGGCGCACAACAAGAUAUCGUCGCCGCUGGUACCCGUGCUGGUGACGUGGGGCUUGGGGUACACGGUGGCGAAGCUGUUCUUCGCGGUGGUGGAGAUGUCCAUCGACACCAUCAUCCUGUCCUUCUGCCAGGACGCGGAGGAGCACCAGGGGACGGCGCAGUACGCGCCGCCGCUCCUCAUGGAGACGCUGGACGAGCAGGGCGAGCUGCAGAGACUCACUCAGGGGCCCUGA